AUGGCUACAAAGGAGUUGGGUGAUCUUGUUAAGGGAGCGAAAGAAGGACUUAGAUGGUUGGCUUGGGAUUUCUACGACGUACUUUCGCUUGGAGCCAUAUAUCAUUAUGGUAUAGGUACAAGCAUAAGCCUCGUUUCUCUUUGGUCAAAUAAACGUAAUUUUUGGAUAGCCAAAGCCUUUCCACUACAACGCACUGUGACUUUUGAAGAAAAUGCGCAGAAAGUUGGAUUGGACGUCAACGAGGUUGAGCCAGAAGUAGUAGCACAUACAGUUGCUAGUAAGAUGUUAGCAGAAGAUCAGUCGAUGAUGGACUGGGUUGGAGUUUGUGUGGAGGAAGUUUGGCCGGGUGCAGAAAGAACAAUAGAGGCCCUCACACAGUAUCCUUCAGCCUCCGAGCUCACUCAGACAGGCUUUUGUCUCGCCAACGGAACUACUAAUAGCGGCAAAGGCUACGAAGUAUCUCACCUGAUCGACAAUUAUGACUGGGCUUCCUUCAACUCUCAUUCCGGUACCAUCGUGGAUCUCGGCGGUUCUCAUGGUUUCGUCUGCAUAGAAUUAGCCAGAAGAUUCUCCAACCUCAAGCUCAUUGUCCAAGAUUUGUCAAUAACAAUCGCGACUGCACCUGCGCUUGAUGCCUCCCUGUCGACCAGAAUCAUGAAUAAAUGCGCAGCAAAUAUGCCAUGUCAACACAAACCAGCAUCAAAGAAAGGAGCAAGAGUUCUUAUCGACGAUUAUUGUCUCCCCGAGGCGGGAAAAUAUUAUACAGCAGUGGAGGUAAAAGCUAUGAGGACUAUGGAUUUGAACAUGUUGUCAACUUUGAAUGCCCAAGAGAGAGGAGAAAGUGAUUGGGACGAGUUGUUCGGCGGAGUCAAGGGCUUUAGGUUUUUGGGGGUGAAGAGACCAGUUGGAUGUAGAAUGAGCUUGAUUGAGGCGGUUUGGGAAGGAGAGGAAAGUGAUGAAUAG